AUGGGUGAUGAAAAUAGAUAUGUGCCUAAUUCUUAUUUACAAGAUUUUGAAGAGAAUGAAGAAAAUAGAAAUAUGAUAAAAAAGAAAAUGAAUGAAUAUUUCGCAAAUUUAAACUGUGAUUUAAAGUAUCAUAGGAAUAGUUCAAUAUAUUGUGGUAUAGGAGGUAUAUUAUAUAUGAAUAUGAUAUUAUAUGAGAAUAGUAAAGAUAAAAAAUAUUUAGAUUAUUGUGAAGAUAUUAUUAGAUACAUGGAUAAUUAUAAAGAAAGAAAGAAUAGUAUUACCUUUCUUGAAGGUUGUACAGGUAUAUAUAGUUUAUGUAGUAUGAUAUAUUAUUAUUUAGGGAAUGAAAAAUAUGUAGAAUAUUUAAAUAUAUUAAUUAAUCAUUUAAUAAAAUAUAAAAAUGAUUUAUUAAAUGUUAAUUCAGAAUGUGAAUUAUUAUAUGGAAAAUGUGGAUAUAUUUAUUCCUUUUUAUUUUGUAAAAAUAUAUGGAUAAAUUACAAAGAAAAAAAAUAUAUUAUAUUAAAAUAUUUAUAUUAUAUUAUGAAAUCUAUAUUUGAUUAUGGGAUACAACAAGGACGAGAAUUUCAUCAUCUAACAUCUCUUUCUUUAUAUUAUGAAUGGCAUGAAAAAAUAUAUUUAGGUGCUGCUCAUGGUUAUGCAGGUAUAUUUUUUGUAUUAUUCACGCUGAUACAAUUUUUUAAGAAUCAUAUAGAUGAUUUGUGUAUAUCAAUAAAAAUGGAUAAUAAUAAGACACCGAAGAAUCAAAAGGAAAGAAAUAACGAUGAAAAUAAUAAUGAUGAUAAUUAUAUAAAAAAUACUGUUAUGAAUAAGCUAGAUGAAUAUGUAAACUUAAUUUAUAAAGUAACAGAUGAAAUAUUAACUUUAUAUACAUCUGACAAUUUAAAUGUAUAUUCAUCCAUAAAAAUAGAUAAUAUGUCUUCUCGACAAAAUGCCAAGAAAAAAAGAAAAGAAAUAUUAUUACAAUGGUGUCAUGGAAAUAUAGGUUACAUAAUAUUAUUAAUGAAAUUAUUGAAAUAUGAUAAUGUACCAACAUAUUUUAAAACAAAAUAUAAUGAAGAAUACUUAAAUAAUAUGGGCUUAUUAAUAUGGGAAAAGGGGUUAUUAACAAAAGGUUUAGGAUUAUGUCAUGGUAUAUCAGGAAAUGGAAUAGUUCUUUUAUACUUGUAUAAUUAUACACAAAAUAAAAUAUGGUAUUCAAGAGCAUAUAAAUAUGCUCUCUUUUGUAUUAAAUACUUUGAUAAAUUUUGUAAUAUUCCCGAUAGACCUUUAUCAUUAUUCGAAGGUUAUGCAGCUUUGGUUGUUUUCCUCUCCUUUAUCUUGAAACCGGAUCUAGUCUAUUUCCCAGCUCACGACUUUUCAAAAAUUAUAGGCCCAGACAAAUAA